AUUUCAUUAGGCCCAAUUAAACCAGCACUUGGACGGCGCGAUUCGGCUCAGCGGGGCUCCCAUGGCGUGGCGAUGGCUGCGGGCGGCGACGGGGAGGAGGAAGGGAUGGCAGGACGCGGCGCCCAAGACGCCACCGUUCGCGGCGGAGCAGCGCGCGACGCUCGUAAACGUGAAGCUGAAGUGGGUCAAGGACCGAGCGCUCGACGCGGCGGUGUCCCGGGAGCGCCACCUCCGCGCCGCCCACCACCUGCUCGACCUCGUGUCCUCCCGGCCAGGUCAUCGCGUCUCGCGCUCCGAGGUCCUCGCCGACAGGUCCGUCCACAAGCUGUUCGGCUCCGCGGACGGCGCGCUCGAGUUCGUCCGUAGGUACCACACGCUGUUCGCGCUGUCCCGCGGGGGCGUGUCGCUGACGAACGCGGCGCUCGACCUGCGGCGGCGGGAGGUGGAAUGCCUAGGCGUCACCGAGCCCGACUUUGUCACCCGCCUCCGCCGUCUCCUCAUGCUUACCCUUCCCCGCUCGCUUCCGCUCCACACCGUCGACCUCCUUCGCUGGGACCUCGGCCUGCCCAGCGAUUACCGCGCCUCCAUCCUCCGCCGGUACCCCGACCACUUCGCCCUCGCGCAGCCCGAAGGAGACGAGCGCGUAUGGCUCCGCCUCCUGUCCUGGGACGACCUUCUUGCCGUAUCCGAGCUUGAGAAGAGUGCCGACGGCGGCGACACCACCUGCCUCCCCUUCCCGGUGAGCUUCACAAAGGGAUUCGGCCUGAGAAGCAAGUGCAUGGCAUGGCUGCGGGAGUGGCAGGCCCUGCCGUACACCAGCCCGUAUGCUGACGCUUCGAGCCUCGACCGCCGCACCGAUGUGUCGGAGAAGCGGAACGUGGGGGUGUUCCAUGAGCUGCUUCACCUCACUGUGGCGAAGAGGACGGAGCGCCGGAAUGUGAGCAACAUGAGGAUGCUGCUCGGCAUGCCACAGAAGUUCACCAAGGUGUUCGAGCGCCACCCAGGCAUUUUUUACCUCUCCAGGGUGCUAGGCACACAGACGGUUGUUCUGAGGGAAGCUUACGCUGGUGGAAGCCAACUGAUUGAGAAGCAUGCGCAUCCGCUUGUUGCUAUGAGAGAAGAGUAUUCCAGCAUGAUGAGGUCAGCAUUGCCGCCAAGGACAAGGAGUAGAAGAAGACAUGAUGCUUUCAGUGAGGAGGAUGAGGGAUGUGCGGGAGGAGAAGAAUUUGAACUCAAUGAAUGAAUGCACAAUAAGUUCAAUUGAUUUCGAGUGCACUCAAAUGAAGCAAAGAGUGGAAUGACAUGAUAGAUGGUUGGUUCCAAGAGGACAAUUACUAAACCUUGUGCAAUGGAUGCUCUGCGAUGUUUCAGCAGGUAUAUGAACUAAUUGCAUCAUCUUGGACUUACAUUAUUAUACUUUGUUUGCAAAGUCUGUGACUAUGUUCACUUUUAUGCA